AUGACGGUUCCAUCGAGUGGUGUCUUAGUUGGUAUAAUUGAAGAUAUAUCAGCCAAAGAUCAGCUUCAGACAAAACAAAAACUAAUUAUUUGGUAUUCGUUAUGGUGGAGAGCCAUUUUCGCAGAAUUUCUUUCAACUCUCUUACUAGUGCUGCUUGGUUGUAUGUCCUGCAUACCUCUUGACGGUUCUGACAUGAGACCGUCUAUUGACGGAGCACUUGGUUUUGGAUUGGCAGUGUUAUUUAAUGUUCAAACCUUUGGACAUAUUUCAGGAGCACACAUGAACCCAUCCGUUACAUUAGCUGCAAUGCUUUGGAGAAAAAUAUCUUUUUCUUUGGGCAUAGCGUACAUAAUUGCUCAGUGUCUGGGGUCAAUUUUUGGUUAUGGAAUUUUAAUUCAAAUAUCGCCCAUUGAUUUGAUUAACAGAGGAGUUUGUACUACUCAACCGCACGUAAACUACACCGGUCUACAAGCUUUGGCAGUGGAAGUGAUUUUAACGUUAUCCUUAAUAUUUCUAGUAUGUGCAAUGUGGGACCCUCUUAAUGCCAAUUCUCAGGAAUCUAGUUCAUUGAAAUUUGGGUUUGCUGUGGCGGGAUUCUCCAUAGCUGGCGGUCCAUUAACUGGUGCUAGUCUUAAUCCCGCAAGAACCUUGGGACCAGCUCUUUGGUCGGGAAUAUGGAAUACCCACUGGGUUUAUUGGACUGGCCCAUUACUUGGUAGCACAUUAGGUGCAAUGUUUUAUAAAUACACUUGGCUAAGAAAAAGUGUAGACGUAUAG